AUUUUGCUCGCUCUUGUCUCAUUCUCCAUUCAGACCUUUUUACGGACGCACAGGUGCAUUCCAGAGCGGUCCUCACUAGUUACCACUGACCUGACACAAAGUCAUACAACCCAACUAAUUCUACAAAUACUUUUCUUAAAAUGAGAUUUUAUUAAACCUAACCGUGAAUGAAGACCAAAAAUCGAUGUGGACUUUGUGGCUGUGGUAACUAGUGGAAACCGUCUGGACCCGAAUCCCGGCACGUCAUUGUACAAUUAGUUUAUUUUUCAGACUUUGGAAACACUUUCCUAGCUCAGUUGUCUGUUCGGUGUUGAAACUAGAGGGGUCCCGGUGGUGACUGAACAACCGCUGACAUCAUGGCAACGGACUCCUGGGCCCAGGCUGUGGGCGAACAAGAAGCCGCGGCGGAAUCGACGCAGCAAGCACGACAACAACAACCGCAGCAGCAAGUGCUUCAACGCCUGCAAAGAUGGAAGGAGGCGAGGGAAACAAAACAGAGGAGAAAGACGACAAAGUAAACCUCAGCUGCUUCAGGGAGUAUAUGCCGUGGGCUUCAACCGCCCCUCCAAAAUCCAAGAGAAUGCUUUACCCUUGAUGCUCGCAGAACCACGGCUGCUUUUGUCCUGGCCAUGCUCAGUCACGUCGACCCCAACAACAAGUUUCCUCAGUGUCUGUGUGUCUCCCACUUAUGAGCUGGCCCUACAGACAGGGAAGGUCAUUGAGCAGAUGGGGAAGUACUCCUCAGAGGUCAAACUAGUCUACGCCAUCAGAGGAAACAAACACAAGGCUGUGGGCUGGCUGGCAGGUGAGCUGUCCCGGGAGGGCCACCAGGUGGCGCUGCUCAGUGGGGAGAUGCAGGUGGAGCAGAGAGCUGCUGUCAUCGACCGCUUCAGAGAAGGAAGGGAGAAGGUCCUGGUCACCAACAACGUCUGCGCCAGAGGUAUCGACGUGGAGCAGGUUUCCGUGGUGCUAAACUUUGACCUGCCGGUGGACAGAGACGGUGACCCAGACAAUGAGACGUACCUGCACCGGCUUGGCCGCACAGGUCGUUUUGGGAAGAGGGAAUUGGCCAUCAACAUGGUGGACAGCAAGUUCAGCAUGAAUGUCCUCAACAAGAUCCAGGAUCACUUCAAUAAGAAAAUUGAGAAGCUGGACACAGAUGAUCUGGAUGAGAUUGAAAAAAUUGCUAGCUGAAGAGAGUACGUGUACGUCUACAACCUGACUGCUACAGCCUUAGCCCCCCCCCCCCUCUUACCUGCCACACCAACUCCUCAGACUCCUCCUCCGCCCCCCCCCCCCCCCCCCCCCCCCCCCCCCAACCCCACACUGACUGUACUCCUACAGUGUUUUAUAGUUUUAUUUUCAAGUUGGAGAGAGAGAAGUAGAGCAAAGGCCACAAACACAGCUAUAAUGUUUACAUGUGGUGGAAAUGUUUUAUAUCUCUGGUAUUUUUAAUAAGUCUCUGAAAUGUAUGGGUUUCACUCUUUGUACUUCUUAAUGAAUAAAGUCUGUAAUAUUAGGGAAUAUUGUCUAAGUGUGUAUUGUAAUGCCAUGGUACAAUGGUAGGCUUGGAGCCAAAUGGUGGAGUGGAAACAAGUGCCAUCAUUUUACAGAGAUUUUUGUAUAAAGGCCCAGUGCAGUUGUGAUAUUCCUGUGUUUUAUAAUAUUUCCACCCUGCGGUUGGAAUAAUACUGUAAAAUUGUGAAAAAUGCGAAUGACUUUUUAGUGUAAGAGCCUUUUGGAAAGACUACCUGAAAUUACAGCCUGUUUUUGUGGGAUGUAGUUUUCACCAUACGGCAAAUUAGUUAAUAGACCGAUUUUAAAGAGUUCCAAACCUCUGUUAAUAACAUCUCAUUUACAGUUUUCCCCUCCCCAACUCAGACCAGGGUUUCUCAAACCCUGUCCCCAGGUGCACUUUUAGUGUUUUGCCCAAGCAAUACAUAGCUGAUUCAAAUAAUCCAAGCUUGAUGAUGAGUUGGUUAUUUGAAUCAGCUGUGUAGUGCUUGGGGAAAAAAACUAAAUGUGCACCCAUCACCGUAAGACUUAAUUGUUUCUGGAAUUUGAUAUUAGGGUAAAAUGGCUACAGUUGACCUUUAACCCAGUCCCUGAUUACCAAUAUGAAUGAGAUCUCCAGGGAAGCAUAGUGCAUAAUCAGGAAAAUUAGCUGAAUGCUUUAAGAUUUUUGUUAUACGUGAAUGCUUUGCAAUGAAAACAGGAAUGCUGAUAAGUAGCACAAAGAGUGAAAUAAUGUGGUGUUUUGAGAGGUUUUACAAAGAUACUUUGGUGAUUGUUGGGUUCAGGAGUAUAUGCAAACUUGUAUCAACCUUUCAUUGUGCCUCUAGUACAGUAAAGUGUUCAAAUCACAACCUCUGAUAGUUAGUUUCAGGUUUUUCCCUCAAUGCGUACUUCUAUGGCAAAAGGGAUAUGGAGAAAACACUACUUUUACUACUAUUUUUUUAUCCAAUAAAAUACAGUUAAAUAAAUGUAAAUGCAACAAUUUCAAAGAUUUUACUAAAUUACAGUUUAUAUAAGGA